AGGUGAUCCCUGUGUAUCUGAGCCAGAAUUAUGGGACUCUUCGACAAGCUAGCGGGAUGGCUUGGGCUGAAGAAAAAGGAAGUUCACGUUUUGUGCCUUGGCUUGGACAAUAGCGGCAAAACAACCAUCAUAAAUAAACUUAAACCUUCCAAUGCUCAAACUCAGGACAUCGUUCCAACGAUAGGAUUCAGUAUAGAGAAAUUCAAAACAUCGAGUUUGUCUUUCACAGUCUUUGAUAUGUCAGGUCAAGGGAGAUACAGAAACCUCUGGGAACAUUACUACAAAGAAGGCCAAGCCAUUAUUUUUGUCAUUGAUAGCAGUGACAAAUUAAGAAUGGUUGUAGCCAAAGAAGAACUUGACACCCUUCUGAAUCAUCCAGAUAUUAAGCACCGUCGACUGCCUAUUCUCUUCUUUGCUAACAAGAUGGACCUCAGGGAUGCAAUAUCAUCUGUGAAAGUAUCUCAGCUGCUGUCAUUAGAAAACAUCAAAGACAAGCCCUGGCACAUCUGUGCCAGUGACGCUCUUAAAGGAGAAGGAUUACAAGAAGGUGUGGAUUGGCUCCAAGAUCAGAUCCAAGCAGUGAAGACAUGAGAGAUAAAUGAAAGAUGUAUGGCAUUCUUUUACAAACUUUGUCAGUAGGUGUGCACGUUCCUUGGAAAGGAAGAAUGAUUUAAAGAAAACAAACAGUUCAGCUAAAAUAUACCGUGUUUACUUGUUUUCUUUUAGUAUCUCUUCCAGGAAAACUGAAUGUAGACAACAUAGCACCUCAGGUAUGCACAUUGAUGAAUUACAUUGAACCUUGUGACUGGAGAGCAUAUUUAAAAAAAAAAAAA